CGUUUCUAGGGUGUGUAUCGUCUUAAUUUUUUAUUACUUUUACAUUUGUACAGCAAAAAUACAGUCAAAUAAAUUUUGCUAAGGAGCUGCAGCUUUUCAAGAAAACCCUACCAAUCUCCACAUCAAAAAAUUACCAAAAAAUAGUUAGAUUUCACUUUAUUACCAGCACCUUUAUAAAACACAUACAUUCAAAAAGCACUUUUUACAUUCGCCAUACGUAUAAAUCAACAACACUUAUAACUAAAAUCACACAAAGAACUUUGCAAAUUCUUUACGACAUAUAUUGUGCGAAUUUUCAACCAUAGGCCUAUCCGAGACAGCCGUUAUGGACGUAAUGUCAUCCUCACUGCAGCAGCAACGUAUAGUCGUCGAUCAAUUGCGACGCGAGGCGUCCAUCGCACGUCAGCCGGUCACUGAGUCCUGCGCUCAGAUGAUCAAAUAUAUUACGGAGCACGAACAGGAGGAUUAUCUUUUGACUGGAUUCUCCAGUCAGAAAGUUAAUCCCUUCCGUGAGAAGUCAUCAUGCACCGUGCUAUAAACUAUUUACAACUAUCAUCAUGUAAAGCUAGAAAACGCGUUGACAUUGCCGAUAAUGACGUGGGGGAGUAUAAAUGGAGCGGUGGAUAAGUUUGGUGCGAAGUUUAGGCGGAAUGUACAACAACUUUCUACGAAUUUGAAAUUGCAGUUUUGCAGUAAAUUAAGUAUUGUAACGUGGGUGGACGUGUGUGCGUGUGUAUUGUAGAUGUAAUAACAUGUUGAAUGGGGUAGCGGCCAAGAAGAGCGAGCGGAAAAUGCAAAUUUGACAGCGAGGGAGGCAAUGAACGUGUACAAUUUGAAUACGAACAAUAUCUCAAGUACUAUGGGACAAUUAAGUACACAUAUUAAACCAAAAUAGGAUGAAAUUCAAAUAACUAAAUCAAGUAAAUACAUAUUCAGAUGUCUACUCAUACAAACGCAUUUGAUGGUGAAUUAUAUACUAAAAACCAUUAAUCUUUCUGACCACAUUCACACAUAUUAUAUACACAAAUAUAUAUUUAUCUACAAUUUGUAAACCAAAAAUUUAAUAUGAUUAUAGGCCGCGAGAGCUAACGUGUGGCAAACAGAAAUCUUUGACUAGCAAUUUAAAGACCACCAGGAAUUAGAACCACCAUAAAAGUUCUUAAAACAGUAUGUAAUAGUUCACAUAGAUUCUCGAAAGCCAUGUUAUCUUGUAAAAAACACACUAACACACUCUCGCAUUUACACGAUACAGACUUAUACAAAAGUAAGUGCAAUCGCACACAUUACAAAAAUAUUAAAAAAAUUAUAAUUCUUUAUAUUUCUGUGUAAACUAAUUUAUAAAAACAUAUACCAUAUACUCUAUGCUAAAGGAAAAUAUAACAAAUAAAGUUAACCUAUGUAUUGGCAAAAUAUCCAACAACAAACAUUUUUUUGUUUUCAAACACACGAAAAUUCGUCAAAUGUAUCAUUGUCGAUGAGCAAAUACUUUAGUAAGCGCUUAAAACCGAUUCAAAUACUAUUAGGUUGGACUCACACAUAUCUAUGUACUAAAUGUGAGCGGUUUUAGGGAGAAAAGGGGGAAAUAGUACGAGUGAGAUGAACCUUACUCAAUAUGAAGUUGGAAAGCAAAAGCAAAUAUUUUAUUACAAAUUUAAACAACAUAAAAUAGAAGUUAUACCACGGAGGCACUUAGCAACAAGUAGUAUAUACAUAUAAACGAAGUGGAAAAAAUAUAUAUUAACACUUAAGUUAUUGUUAAAGCGCUCUUUGUGGUUGCGCACUUAAAA